AUGUCUGCCGCCAAGUUGAAAAUCGGCUGUGCCGGUCUCGGGCGCAUGGGCAAACGUCAUGCCUUGAACUUUCUCCAGCGGACUCCCCUUGCAGACCUCGUUGCGGCCAGCUCGCCCGACGAUGAGGAGCUGGAAUGGGCCAAGAUUCACCUUGUUCCUUACGGGGUUAAAUUGUACAAGAACUACGACGACAUGCUCAAGCAUGAGGGUUUGGAAGCCGUUGUUGUUGCCUCCGCCACUGCUGUCCAUGCCGAACAAGCCAUCAAGGCCAUUGAGGCCGACAAGAACGUCCUGUGUGAGAAGCCGCUGUCGACCAGUGUCGAGAUUUCCCAAACCGUCCUCGACGCUGCCGCCAAGAAGCCACAUCUUAAGGUGAUGUGCGGCUUCUCCCGUCGCUUCGAUGCCUCUUACCGGGAUGCGUUCAACAAAACGACCGCCGGCAUGAUUGGUACUCCGUCGGUCAUGCGCAGUCAGACAUGUGACAAACUCGACCCGAGCGGCUUCUUCGUCGCCUAUGCCCAAUUCUCCGGAGGGAUCUUCGUGGACUGCUCGAUCCACGAUAUUGACCUCGCCCUCUGGUUCUUCGGACAAGACAGCAAGGUCAAGUCGGUGUCGGCCGUGGGUAUUACGGCCGUGGAGCCCGAUCUGCGAAAGCACAACGAUCGCGAUAAUGCUGUCGGGUUGGUGGAGUUCUACAGCGGCAAGAUUGCCUACUUCUACGCUUCCCGCAUGAUGGCUGCGGGCCAGGAAGACACCACUGAGAUCAUCGGGACUCAAGGUAAGCUGGCGGUGAACACGCAGCCGGCCCUGAACCUCGUCAAUAUCUACGACAGUGCCGGUAUCCGUCGUGAGGUGCCCCAGCACUACUACGACCGGUUCGAGUAUGCGUUCGUCACCGAGGCCAAUGAAUUCACCGCCGCUUGCCUGGAGAACACCCCCGUCCCCUUGAAGCUGGAGGGAGCCGUGCAAGCCGUGCGCAUUGGCGCGGCGUUGCAAGAGUCGCUCAUUUCUGGGGAGAAGAUCUUCUUUGACGAGUCGGGGGAGCGUGUGGACAAAUCCCGACUAUAG